AUCUUUGGACCUAGCUUUAUUCUUAAGUUCAGGCACAAAACCAAAGCUAAUCUAUUGUCGCUACUCAUACCCAGCUAUAUUCCUCUCUCUCUCUACCAAUAUUCAUCUCUCUCUCGUCUCUGAGACCUUUUCCUCUCAUCUUCUUGAACGGCUUCUGCUUUUGAACAGCUAGCCAUGUCUAGGAUACAUCCGGCUGCAGUGAAUAGAUACCAGGAUCAUGAUCAAGAUCAUCCGCUGGAGCUUCAAGAUGUUCAUGAACAUCGUGUGCCUCCCUCUGCGCUCACUGUGUGGAAGAGAUCCAGCAUGAGUUUCCAGGGGACUGAUGGAUUUACAGUGUUCGAUGACCGCGGAAUAUUGACUUUCCGAGUAGACAACUAUUCGAGAAAAAAUUGUUGUGUUAGAGGAGGGCUUGUCCUAAUGGACGGAGUCGGAAGGGCCUUGCUGACCCUCAAACCCCAGAUGUUGAGCAUGCAAGACCAAUGGAAUGCAUAUAGAGGAGAAGAUGGGUGUGGAAAGAGCCCAAAAUCCAGCAGGGUGUUUGCCAUGAGAAGUGGGUCUGGCCUUUUUGGCAGCAGCAACAAAAGUGAAGCAGCUGAGGUGUUCAUGGGAGCUCAUGCAACUGGCACCCCAGAUUUUAGAAUCGAGGGUUGUUUUGGGAGACGAAAUUGCAAAAUCAGAAGCCGCAGUGGACAAUUGGUGGCCAGUGUAGCUAGAAAGAGAGUAAACAAUACAGUCUUGCUUGACAAUGAUGUGUUCAACUUGGUGGUUCAACCAGGCUUCGACCUUGACCUUAUUAUGGGUUUUGUAAUUAUCUUGGAUCGGAUUUGUGGGAAGCCAUUUACCCCAAUUUUGUGUUCUUAAUUAUCUUGUGAUGUACAGAAAUAAACCCAUGUAAACAAGAUACCAUCUUUUUACCCCACUCAAUCUCAUAUUUUGUACAAGAGACGUCACUCCAAUUUUCUUGUAUUUAAAUAAAAGUGGAAGUGUUUC